AUGGCCUAUGCCCUUCUAGCCCAGCUAACGGCUGAAUUUGGAUUGUAUACAUCCUUCGUCGGCUUCAUCCUCUACUGGGCGUUUGCCACAUCUAAAGAUAUUACUAUCGCCAAGACCGUUGCCGUUAUGUCAACCAUUGUCGGCAACAUUGUCCUGAAAGUCCAGCAGACUGAUCCUGAUAUCCCUGCGGAACAGAUUGCCAGAGGAUUAUCAGUCAUUUGUGGUGCCGUGCUCCUAUUUAUUGGCUUGAUCAGGGCAGGCUAG